CGUGCUCCGGCGGGCGCAGCCGCGGCGGCGCGGGCCUCCCGAGCUGACACUCCCCCUGCGCGCCCCUCCCCCGCCGCGGCGCAAUCCCGCCCGCCCGCUCGCCUGCCGGCGCGCGAGCCCGAGGCCGCUUCUCCCGGUACCCGCGACUACGCGGCCCUGGGCGCGCCGGGGUCGCCUUAGGGUCCGAGCGGCAGCGGUGGCCUCCUCGGCGAGCGAAGCCUGCGACGCUGCCGAGCCCGGCUCCCCAUCGGUUCACCUCCGCGAACCGCGGCGACGACCGCACAGGCGGCGGCGGCGGGAUGAGCGGUAGCGGCGCGGCGCCGGGCUCGGGGUCCUCCCCGGCCGCCUGUCGCUUCGCGCACUACUUUGUGCUGUGCGGGAUCGAUGCGGACAGCGGACUGGAGCCUGACGAGCUGGCGGGCGAAAAUUUUGACCAGAGUCCUUUGAGAAGAACGUUCAAAUCGAAAGUUCUGGCCCAUUAUCCUCAGAGCAUAGAAUGGAACCCUUUUGAUCAAGAUGCAGUGAACAUGCUGUGCAUGCCCAAAGGGCUGUCUUUCAGAACACAAGCGGACAAUAAGGAGCCCCAGUUCCACUCGUUCAUCAUCACCCGCGAAGACGGUUCUCGCACCUAUGGCUUUGUUCUCACUUUUUAUGAAGAAGUCACAAGUAAGCAGAUCUGCACAGCGAUGCAGACGCUGUACCAGAUGCACAAUGCCGAGCAGCACGGCAGUGUGUAUGCUUCCUCCUCCUGCAGCAUGGACUCGCUGGCAAGCAGUAUUGAUGAGGGAGACGCAACCUCUCUUUUGAAACUCCAGCGAUACAACUCUUACGACAUCAACAGAGACACCUUGUAUGUUUCAAAAAGUAUUUGCUUGAUCACACCUCUGCCUUUCAUGCAAGCUUGCAAGAAAUUCCUCCUCCAACUUUACAAGGCUGUUACCUCUCAGCAGCCACCACCCUUGCCCCUUGAGAGCUACAUCCAUAAUAUUCUCUAUGAGGUACCCCUUCCACCUCCUGGGAGGUCACUGAAGUUUUAUGGUGUUUAUGAGCCUGUCAUCUGCCAGAGGCCUGGGCCCAAUGAACUCCCUCUUUCUGACUACCCUCUCCGAGAGGCCUUCGAGCUCCUGGGAUUAGAGAACCUCGUUCAAGUGUUUACCUGUGUCCUUCUGGAGAUGCAGAUCCUUCUCUACUCACAAGAUUACCAGCGCCUGAUGACUGUGGCGGAAGGCAUCACCACACUCCUCUUCCCGUUCCAGUGGCAGCAUGUCUAUGUGCCCAUCCUCCCUGCCUCUCUGCUGCAUUUUCUCGAUGCCCCUGUCCCUUACCUGAUGGGUCUUCAAUCAAAAGAAGGAACUGACCGGUCUAAAUUAGAACUUCCACAAGAGGCUAAUUUGUGUUUCGUGGAUAUUGACAACCAUUUUAUUGAAUUGCCUGAAGAAUUUCCACAGUUCCCCAAUAAGGUGGAUUUUAUCCAAGAGCUAUCUGAAGUUCUUCUCCAAUUUGGGAUUCCUCCUGAAGGCAGCCUCCAUUGUAGCGAGAGUGCCACCAAACUGAAGAACAUGGUUCUGAAAGACCUGGUUAACGACAGAAAGAAUGGCAAUGUCCCCACCAGCAGCAUCAGCAUGUACGAGUUAAUGAAGGGCAAUGAAACCAUAGCCCGCCUCCAGGCUCUUGCUGAUAGGACUGGUGUGACUGUGGAAAAAAUUGACCUCUCAGCUUCUCUGAAUGAAAAAGAAAAGGAUUUGAAAUUACAGUGCGAAGAGGCAGAAUUGAGGGACUACCAACUCAACGUACAAGUACGAGAGGUCUUUGCCAGCCGCUUUAUACAGAUGUUUGCAGAUUAUGAAGCAUUUGUGAUUCAGACCGCCCAGGACAUGGAGUCCUGGCUGACCAACCGGGAACAGAUGCAGAACUUCGACAAAGCGUCCUUCCUCUCUGACCAGCCUGAGCCUUACCUGCCGUUUCUUUCACGCUUCAUUGAAACACAGAUGUUCGCCACCUUUAUUGAUAAUAAAAUCAUGUCUCAGUGGGAAGAGAAGGACCCUCUGCUUCGGGUCUUUGACUCUCGGAUUGAGAAGAUAAGGUUGUAUAACGUAAGGGCACCCACACCCACCCUGCGGACUUCUAUCUAUCAGAAAUGCAGCAGUUUAAAAGAAGCAGCCCAGUCAAUUGAGCAAAGACUGAUGAAAAUGGAUCACACUGCAAUUCACCCACAUCUACUUGAUAUGAAAAUCGGCCAAGGCAAAUAUGAGCAAGGGUUCUUCCCAAAGCUGCAGUCCGACGUCUUGGCGGCAGGACCGGCCAAUAACAAUCGCUGGGUGAGCCGAAAUGCCACAGCACAGCGCCGGAAAGAACGCCUUCGCCAGCAUUCUGAGCACAUUGGACUAGACAAUGACUUAAGGGAGAAAUAUAUGCAAGAGGCGCGAAGCCUAGGAAAGAACAUGAGGCAACCGAAGUUGUCAGAUCUCUCACCUGCUGUGAUCGCACAAACCAACUGGAAAUUCGUAGAAGGCUUAUUAAAAGAAUGUAGAAUGAAGACAAAACGCAUGUUGGUAGAGAAGAUGGGACAUGAAGCGGUGGAGCUGGGCCAUGGAGAAGCGAACAUCACUGGCUUGGAAGAGAAUACCUUGAUCGCCAGCCUCUGUGACCUACUGGAGAGGAUAUGGAGCCAUGGCUUACAGGUCAAGCAGGGGAAGUCUGCCUUGUGGUCACAUUUAAUUCAUUUCCAGGACAGAGAAGAGAAACAAGAGCACCUUACAGAUUCACCAGUUGCCCUUGGACCAGAAAGAAGAAAAUCUGACUCAGGAGUUAUGUUACCAACACUCAGGGUCUCUCUAAUUCAAGACAUGAGGCAUGUUCAAAACAUGUGUGAGAUCAAGACUGAUGUUGGCCGAGCCCGGGCAUGGAUAAGAUUGUCACUAGAAAAGAAACUUUUGUCACAGCAUCUCAAGCAGUUGCUCUCCAACCAACUACUGACCAAGAAGCUUUAUAAGCGGUACGCCUUUCUACGCUGCGAGGAGGAAAGAGAGCAGUUCCUCUACCACCUGCUCUCCCUCAAUGCUGUGGACUAUUUCUGCUUCACCAGUGUGUUCACCACGAUCAUGAUUCCUUAUAGAGCAGUGAUAAUUCCAAUUAAAAAGUUGAGCAAUGCGAUCAUUACAUCAAACCCGUGGAUCUGUGUUUCGGGAGAGCUAGGAGACACCGGAGUAAUGCAGAUUCCAAAAAACCUACUUGAGAUGACUUUUGAGUGCCAGAACCUGGGGAAGCUCACCACCGCUCAGAUUGGCCACGAUAACUCCGGACUGUUAGCUAAAUGGCUGGUUGAUUGCGUCAUGGUCAGAAAUGAAAUCACAGGACACACAUACAGAUUCCCAUGUGGGCGGUGGCUGGGGAAAGGCAUUGAUGAUGGAAGUUUGGAGAGAAUUCUUAUUGGAGAAUUAAUGACAUCGGCUUCAGAUGAAGACCUGGGAAAGCAGUGUCGGACUCCACCACAGCAGAAGUCUCCCACGACAACCAGGAGACUCAGUAUUACUUCCCUAACGGGGAAGCCUGCCAAGCCCAAUGCUGGACAGAUCCAGGAAGGGAUUGGGGAAGCUGUGAACAACAUCGUGAAGCACUUCCACAAACCUGAGAAGGAGAGAGGAAGCCUCACGGUGCUGCUGUGUGGAGAAAACGGCCUGGUUGCUGCGCUGGAACAAGUUUUCCAUCAUGGGUUCAAAUCUGCCCGCAUCUUUCACAAGAAUGUCUUCAUCUGGGACUUCGUAGAGAAAGCAGUGGCUUAUUUUGAAACUACUGACCAGAUUUUAGACAAUGAAGAUGAUGUACUCAUUCAGAAAUCAUCUUGCAAAACCUUCUGCCACUAUGUGAAUGCUAUAAAUACUGCACCCAGGAGCAUCGGGAAGGACGGCAAAUUCCAGAUCCUAGUUUGCCUUGGAACAAGGGAUCACCUGCUCCCACAGUGGAUUCCAUUGCUAGCGGAGUGUCCCGCCAUCACCCGGAUGUAUGAGGAGAGCGCACUUCUCCGAGACCACAUGACUGUCAACUCCCUUAUCCGAAUUCUACAGACUAUUCAGGACUUCACCAUAGUCUUGGAAGGAUCUCUAAUCAAAGGAGUAGACGUGUAACCGGUUGACAGAAACUCUUCAUCCUGCGCUGGCUCCUGAACCCUCCCCAGCUCUGGGACCUCUGGACUGGUCUGACCACAGUGAGCACUGCCUGGGCGGUGCCGUGCAGUAGAAGCCCAGUUUGAACAGUCUCCACUCUGCACACGAGGCAAAGUGCUGUAUUGUAGUUCAUUUGAACCUGAAAUUUAGUAUAAAACAGAGUAUUUUCAUGUGUUAGAUGUGUGUAAAUAUGCUAUCUUUAAGAAAUUAUAUUACUCUAAUAAGAUACUUUUCUUAGAUUGAAAAUUCCUGUGAAUUAAAAUGAGUGUGGGGCGGGGGGAGCGGUGCUAGUCAGGAAGAAGCCAGUAAACGUGUCGUAGCGCAACCCUCCAGGUACCACAAAGGAACCCAUAAUGCAUCGUUGUGAAGCAGCUGUCCUUCCUGGAGUUCCGUCCUGUGUGUGGUGAAUACUGUACAUGAGUCCUCAUCUACCUUUAGGUUAUAAACCAUUUGAUACGUUUGAAUUAUGAGUCACUUCUCCAGUUUGGGGAAAUGUUAAAGUAUUUUAAAUACCACACUCCGGCAACUUUAAUCCCAGCACUGGGGAGGCAGAGGCAGGUGGAUCUUUCUGAGUUGCAGGCCAGACAGAACUACAAAGUGAGACUCUGUCUCCGAACAUAGGCACACACAUACAGACAGCAAAUGUCAGGUCCCAAGGGCUUGGCUCAUCAGAAAGAAAACACGAAAGUCCUGAGAAGUGUUUAAAUGUGGGAUUAUAGCUUCUUUACUUUACUUUGGAAAGAUUAGCCUGAAGUAGCUUCGUUCUUGGAAUUUUUAUUACUGUUAUGUGAGAGCACCAUGGAGAUAAUGAAAUUCAGUAUUAGCCGUUUAGUCAUAAUAACUGCAAAAACCAGGGUGACUCGGUAUUUUAACUUGACCAUCUAAAGUCUGUAACCAGAGUUAAACUACCAGCCCUGUCUUUGUUAGGUUCCAGCCAUCCCCUCCGCCUGCCCCGCCCCCCUCAGGAAAUGGAAGGAAUGUGGAAGAAGGGGAGGUCUCUGUGUGAUUUGGAAUGCUUUUGUGAAAGUAUUUGUUGACCAUGAUAAUGCAAAUAACAGAAGCCAGGAGAAAGAGUGGAACCUUUCUGUGUCCAGGGAAAUGUAAAGCAGUUGGCUCAGGGCAGUUAAGGCCCUGCCGCUGAAUAAAUAUGUUAGCAAUUACAUAAGUCUUCAUCUUCUGCUAAGUCGGAGACCUCUAAUUAGGCACUGAUACCCUGUUAGUAGCAAAACUGCCUCAGCAGAGCUCAAGGUCUAUUCCCCUUUGUAGCCGAAGAGCGGGGCUGCAGCCCCUGAGGACCCUUGUGCAGCCUGAGGGUCCUGGGCUCCUGCCAACAGUGCAGGUCCCUUAUUUAUAGAGGAAGAAGCUAAUAGAUGAGGGACCUAACUCCCUGUAUCAGACACCGCUCAGCCAAGGAGCAGCUCCUGGGAAUGAGAAGGGAAGGGAGGGAGGGCUUGGGG